AUGUUAGAUCCUCAAGCACCACCACCUUCAUGGGAUAGUCCUCCAAGACCAUCCACUUUGAAGACAAAGAAGAAACUUCUUCCUUACCUUGAAGCAGCCGACCUGGAGACGUCUAGCCAAGCCGCAUCACACCAAGAAGAACACCUUCUAGCCACACCAGAAGAGGAGAUUAACCCUGAGCUGAUCGAGUUCGUGAAGAGAGAUCAAUUCCAUGAUCUGUUUUCAGAGUAUGCGCUGGAGCACAUAGAUCACUUUGACAACUUUGUGAUUCCUAUGGAGUUUUUGACUUUGAGAAGAAGAUGA